AUGGUUUGCCCUUACCUCCCCUCGCCUCUUAAAGGUUCAACUGUAGUCCUUGGAACAGUCUGCACCUGGUUUGAAAGAGCUUGCAGAGGAGAGGUGGAGGUGAUGACCCCGCGGGAGCAGCUGAGGAAGAUGACGUCUCUGGGAGAGCAGGGGGCCCUGGAUGAGAAGCACUGGUACAGACUGGUGAACGGGAUGUCCGCAGGAGAGCUGCGACAGAGACAGGAGCUGCUGAUGAGGAACCAGAUGUCCAUGGCCCCUCAGAUCCUGGCCCAGGGGCAGCAGAGACUUCAGGGCGUCCCGACACAGUUCGAAUCACGAUUCAUGGAGAGAGAGCUGGUCCCUUCCACAGAGAUGGUGACUUCAGACGGCAGACAGAUGCACAUGGGACCCCACCUCGGACCUCCUUUACCCCCACAUGUCAACGUCCUGCCUGGGAGAGGCUUCCCAGGGGCCGCUGGAUACGGAUUCAUGCCCACGGAGCCCAUGGAAACAGUUGCUCGGCGACAGGAGCUGAUUCACAAGCAAAAUAUCGCCAGAAUGGAGAUGAACGCCAUCCUCCACCAAAAGGAGAUGGAGAACGCUCAUCAGAAGGGGCUGAUCGGCAUGGACAACCCCAUGGCCUUCAAUUCCAACGCCAUGGCUUACAGAGGGCGUCAGCGAAUGCCCGAUGGCCACGACGUCUUCGUACACCGGCCCAGUUUGGACGACCUCCACGCCAACAGCAUCCUCAUGUCGGCCAGUCCCUACCCGCCCAUCAGCACAUUGCACCGGGAGAGGGGACGCAGAGCAGGGAGAAGACCCACCGUCCACAAGAACUCAGAGAACCAAGUCGUGCAUAUUAAAGGUCCCGUCGAGGAUAAAAAUGUGGAGAGAAGUCCUGGCGCCACUUCCGGAGAGGAGCGUGAGGCCGAGACGAAAGGCGAGCUCGAAGGAGACAAGACGCAUCAUCCAAAAGCAGAGCCAGAAACGCCCACGGGAGCGAGGAAGGGUUAUAAAGAUGGAGAGAAUGGGCUGAGGAAGGUGAAUAAUCAGGAUGGAUGUGGGGACGGGACCAAUGGCAGCGCAAACGAUAAAGAUGUAACCAGCGCCGCGUUCCAGGAGAAGUUCAUGUACCCCUCGGCGUCGGCUGGGAUGCCCUACAUGGUGCCAAUGAUGGGAAAUGGCUUCCUACCACCAGGACCCUCGAACCUCUUCUUGAACGGGGAGGAAGUGGCAGAGGACAUCAGGAAGUGGACGGUGAACGAUGUGUGCAACUUUAUCACCAGCAUCCCCACAUGCUCUGAAUACGCUCAGACAUUUAAGGAACAUAUGAUCGAUGGAGAGACGCUGCCUCUGCUCUCGGAGGAGCACUUACUGGACACACUGGGACUGAAGCUGGGGCCCGCGCUCAAGAUACGCUCACAGGUGUCCAGGCGAAUGGGCAGUUUGAUGUACCUGAUGAACCUGCCUCUGUCUGGGACUGGGAUCCAGGGGCCACCAGAGAAACCUGGGGACCGCUCCUCGGACAUAGGCUCCCCUGUGAACUGCAACAGUGAAGAGAUGGUGGCCAGUCCGCGAGACCCAGACCUCCUGAAGACCUCAGACUCCCAUGAGCCCGAAAACCACUCUCCCCCAUCAGCCAGCAGCGAGACAUGA